AAUUAUUCGGGUUUUCGGAUUAAAGUGUCGCCAUUUGCGGAACGCGUCUCUGUUUCCUCGUUGUGUUUUUCUCCAAGCCAAAUUUCUCUUUCACAGGUAUAUUUUCAGAGUAAUUGCUGUGAAAAAUGUCUCAUCCACGCAAUGAGUGCCGUAUUUACGUGGGAAAUCUACCACCAGACAUUCGCACGAAGGAUAUUCAGGAUCUCUUCCACAAGUUUGGCAAAGUCACCUUUGUCGACUUGAAAAAUCGCAGGGGUCCUCCGUUUGCCUUUGUGGAAUUUGAAGAUGCUCGGGAUGCCGAUGAUGCCGUAAAGGCACGCGAUGGGUAUGACUACGAUGGGUACCGGCUGAGGGUGGAGUUCCCGCGGGGAGGUGGUCCGGGUAGCUACAGGGGCAAUCGCAGCAACGAUCGCAGUCGCGGAAAUGACAGUGGAAGCAGUCGAAGCAACCGACCCCCAACCAAGAGAUCCCAAUUUCGUGUCGUGGUGUCAGGAUUGCCACCAUCGGGCUCCUGGCAAGAUCUCAAAGAUCACAUGAGGGAGGCUGGUGAUGUUUGCUUUGCCGACACGUACAAAGAUGGAACUGGUGUGGUGGAAUUCCUGCGUCAUGAGGACAUGAAGUAUGCCAUCAAGAAGUUGGAUGAUUCAAGAUUCCGCUCCCAUGAGGGAGAAGUUGCAUACAUUCGUGUCCGGGAGGAUUCUGGUGAUGAUCGCAGGGAUAACUUCCGCGAUCGCUCUCGUUCACGUUCCUUUUCACCCCGACGUCGCCGUGGAACACCAACAUACUCUCCAGUGCGUCGUUCCUUCUCCAGAUCACGUUCCGACUCCAGGUCCAACUACUAAACAAAAAAUAAUCCCAAACAUAAAAAUCUACAAGGACACCGAUCUUUCUUCAUUUCCAGGCGUUUUAGGAAUGGUUUUAAACUCGGUGGAAGAAAACAUUAGGUGUUUGAUGAUGAUAAAUGAAAGAGAGAAAAAGAAAGUGAGGAGGGGAGUUUAUGGAAAAAAAGGGGUGAAUGGAUUAAGAAAAAUGGACUUCAUGAAGGAAGUAUUAUCAAACUUUAGAUUCAUAAAUAAUUCUUUCCAAUUUUCUUUUUUUUAUCCAUUGCAUUUUGCGAUUGAUUUAACAAACAUAAAGAAAAAAAAACAAAUUAAUAAAGCAAGUAUUUUAAUUUUUUUUUCACAAAUAAAAUAUGCGAUGAAAACUUCUCAACAAGAACCAAUUUUUGCAAAAAAAAAAACAACAACAAAAAAACACUGAGGAUUCUUUGAAAUGUAGAAUUUUUCAAGAAAAAUUUUAGAAUUAGAGCUAAUGUAGGUGUAAAAAAAAAUUAGAAUCUUCAGUAGUAGAAUUCUAAAAGAAAAAGAAAGCAAAUUCCUCUAACGUAAGACAAAAUUUCUAAAAUGACUAUCGCUAAAAAAAAGAAAGAUUUUCAUAAAUAUUAAAAUAGAGGAUAAGCGAGAUAAUCUUACUAAAAACAAAAAAAAACCCUUAGAUUACCUUUAAUGCAUUUUGCCAAUUAUCACUAAUUCUACUUUUUCUUUCUUUUUUUUCUUUGAUUUUCCCUCGGAUAAGAGAGAUGGUAUUAAAAUAUAGAUAUGGAUUUUGGGAGGAUUUCACUGGACAGAGAAUGAUUUGGGAAUUGGACUCUGGAAGGAUUUUGCAAUGAAGUUAAUAGGAUUUUAAUAGAAAUUAGGAGGAUUAAUACUGGAUUUUGGACAGGAAGGAUGAUGUUUGGAUAAAUGAAAUGGAUCACGCGUGGGAUUUUCAAGAGAAAAAAAUAAUGAGAAUAAUUUAAUAAUGGAAGGAAAAAAAUGGAUAAAUUUGGAAUCCACUUCACUUGCUCAUUUGGAUUUUUUAGGAAUCAUUUUGGGAGAUAUGGCAUUUGGUGGAUGGUGAGGAGAUCGCGGAAAAUGAAAAGAAAAAAAAAUUGGAUUAAGGAAAAAAAAGGAUAAGAAAAUAAUGUGUCAGGACGGAUGGAAAAAAUGGAUUUAAAAAAAAAAUUAAGGAAGGAUUUCAAAAGUAGGAGAGAGAGAGAAGAGAGAAAUGAAUAAUCGUGGGAUAAGGAUUGCAAUAUGUGACAGGAUUAAUGGGUAUGACAUUGAUGUGAAGUAUUUUUUUCUCUUAAUCUCCUUAUUCUUAACACCCUCCCAAAUAUUUACCCCCUCUAACUGACCUGCAAAUAUUGGAUUUGUCUUUUUUUUUACUUUUCAGUUUUUUUUUAAUCACUGCAGUGGCGAUCAUAAAAUAAACCUCGAAAAAAACUAGGCUAAAAUUUAUUAAAAGUGCUUCUAAAGUUUAGAUUUCUGAGAAAUAGAAAAAAAUAUUCCAAAUUCAGCUAAUUCAAAAAGAAAUACAGGAAUGCAAUACUGCAUUACAUGAUUUAGCUCCGCCCAUUGAUUGUUUUAGGUCACGCCUCUUUACAAAAUAUUUUGAAGACUGAUCGGAUGAUUCUUUUGUGCCAUCUCUAAGCAACACAAAUCUUCGCUUGGAUCAGAAAUUAUCUUAACUUAAAAAAUAAUAAUAAUGGUGGCACAACGUUUCAUAGAGGAACUAGGCAUUCUCGCAAGGAGAGUUCGGCACAUCCAUUUUUAUUUUUUUUCUUAUAGGGUAAGUGUGCCAAAUUCCGGCCAGCUUGCAAUUUCGGCCACCUUUUUUGUUCCUCGAAUUUCUAUAAACUUUUAGAUUUUACGUACUCUAGAGAUUAUACAAUGCAAAAGAAUAACAAAAAAUGUAGCUUCGACAAACGAGAUGACAUGAAAAAGAUAUUGGAAGAAUUCCCGAAGGGCAAGGAACUAUGAGAAUGAAGGUGGCCGAAAUAGGGCACCAAAGCUAUGUCUAUAUUUUUAUUCAUUUUAAAAUAUAUUAAGAAUGAUUUUAGAGCAAAUAGAGACGGUAAACUCUUUAGAAGGUUCCCAGCAACACUCUUUCAGAAGACAGAAUAAAAAAAUCAAUUUGUAUUUAAAAUAUUACAUUUCAAACUUGAGACUUUGACGCUUGCAUGCAACUAUGCCGAAAUUUAGCACACUUUACAAGAAUGGAUUUGUCAAUCACAUGCCCAUCCCAGUGAAGCUGACUGGAUGCAAUUCGAACACUUUUAAUUUUAACCCUUUAUGGCCUCUACACACUAGAGAACCUUAUGUCCAUAUUGAAGGAAAUUCCCCACGCUUGUGUAGGAAAAACUCUUCAAUAUGGACAUAAAUUUCUCUAGUGUGUAGAUGCCAUUAAGGAUGAUUAGGAUGAUUGACCAAAAACGAAAUUUUUCCUAUGGCCAUCUAAAGUGAUGGGGUAAGUGUACCAAAUUUCGGCCAGCUUGCAAUUUCGGUCACUUUUCGUUCUUCAAUUUUACAUAAAUUUUUAGUUUUUAGUUACUCUAGAGAUCAUACAAUGUAAAAAAUAAAAAAAAAUAUGCCGCUUUUGCGAGCGAUAUGAUAUGAAAAAGACUUUGAAACAAUUUCGGUAGGGCAAGGAACUAUGAGAAUCAAGGUGGCCGAAGUAUUGCCCAAACCAAUAUCUUUAUUUUUAUUCAUUUUAAUAUGUAAUAAGAAUGAUUCUAGAGAAAACAAAGGCGAUAAACUAUCUACAAGGUUCUAAGCAAUACUCUUUGAAAAGAAGUAACAAAACAUUCAAUUUGUAUUAAAAAUUUUGCAUUUCCAAGUUAAGAUUUUGAUUCUUGCAUGCAACUAUGCCGAAAUUUUACUCUGAAAAGUCAGAAGAAGCGAUUUGUCUGACCCUCAUUUUUUGAUCCUUUCGUCCUUAAAGGGUUAAUGCCAAAAAAAAUCCCUGGUGACCUAAAAGGGGAUUCGAACCCGGGGCACUUCAUUCAUAAAGCGAGUACUCUAUUUUACUUGACCCAUUGAAUGCCUGUCCCGAAAUAAGAUAAAAAUAGCACUUUCGGUUCAGGAUUCAAAGACCUUUCAAAUGAAUCUAAAAAUUCGUCCUAAUCUAUUGAGAACUAAGCUCUUCAGGGCAUUUUAUGUUAUGACCUUGAAAAAUUAAAAAUAUAUAUCAAAAGUUGUUAUUUUUAGCGUUUCCUUAGUAGAUCAGUGUAAGGAACACUAUUUUUAUGACCCUAAUAUCCCAAACUUCAAAAUUGAUCAUUUCCAGAUUUUUCUGUUGUUAAAUGAGUUUCAAAAUCGCUCAGUAAACGAACAAUAAAAUCUGGUGUAAAAGAAAUAACUUUGCAUAUUGAAGAGUUCAGUGACAUAAUAUUCUCUACCACUCAUCAUAAUACGAAAAAGGCUAGCGAUCACUAUACGGCGCUAGGAGUAUUAAAAAUGCGCACAGAUAGCCAUGUUAAGCGCAAAACAACGAGGAAAGUGCAGAAUAGGCCAAAUUUAAGGCUUAGAAGCAAAGGAUCCAAAAGGAAAAAAAGCAUCCCAUCGACAAUUUUUAAACUUAAAUCAUCAUAAGGGUGAAGGGAGAGGGGUCGUUGAUGUUCCGAAGCGGAUAUGUCUGAUCCUUCUAGUUAUGGCAGGCUGGACCGAAGACUAGUGCCUCUUUUUCUUCCUAAUAAGCUAUUCAGAUGACGCAUUUUUUUAAUUGACUCAAUAUGAAAAGAUAUGAGAAUUUACGAUGAUUUUUAUUAAUUUUAUUGAAUAUGGUAGAAGUUUUGGAGUAAAAGCCUGGGAGUUGAAAAUUGAGAACAGUUGUCAGCGUCAUACACGAUGCACGAUGCACGCAUGAAUACCUUCAUGCGGAGGAAAACGAUUGCGAGUCAGUCGAAUCAGUGUAUUCUUUUUAAAAAUGAAACAAUUGAACUUCUUAAUAAAAAUUAUUGCAUUUGCGAUUUUUAAUGAAUAAAUGCUGGGAUUUAUACUGGAAUUUUACGUACAGCCUAUAAAAAACAAGAAUAACAAAGUUAUAUUCAAAUUUCUCCUCAUAAGGGGGCUGAAGUCAAGUAUUAGGAAACCGGGACGGAAUUAUGGUGCUAAUCCAAUGAUAAAGGAAAAUGAGAAAUCUUUUGUAUUACAUUUUUUUGGCACUUUACUGUUCUCAAGUGCUUCUGUAUUAUCGAUUUUUCUUUGGGUUGGUUCCUGUUACGAAUAUUUGAUGGUUUUAGGCCACGGCAAGGACAGGGAAAAACAGUCGUAACAGAAACCACAUAAAGAAAAGUCGGUAAUGCAGAAGCACUUGAGAACAGUCAUGUGCUAAUAAAACAUGUCUAUUUUUAAUUGGAAUAGCAUCAUUCUGGUGCUAUUUUUAUAUGAAAAAUGAAAAGAGGAAAUCUUUUUCCUGAUUUCAAAAUUUAGCCAAUCGGAGUACCGUAAGUGAGGGUUAGGUGAGACUACAUUGUAAACGCUAUUUUUCAUAUAUUUUCAAAUGAAGCUUGGACGUAGCCAUAAUUAAAUUUAAAUCUACAAUUGCUUUGUCCCACCCUCCCUCUAAUUUAUUGAAUAUGGAUAAUGCUUUAUCGAAUAUUGAAAAUUAAGAAAUUCUACCUAGAUUGAUUAGGGUCAUCAUACUACUUGCGGAGGGCGUGGCCUAAAAUUACAACGGGAAAUUUAAUGAUUCAAAAUGCGAAUUGAAAACAAAUUAAUGUUCAGAAUUUCUCAAGCUGUUCAAUUUCCUAAAAAAAAAAGAAAAGAAAAUCAACCUGGCCCACCUAAAAGCAUAUCAAUAGCAGGAAAAAUUUCGUUACAAUUUUUAUGAUCGUCACUGUAUAUUAAUAAAAAAAAUAAAAGAUACUGCUUAAUAUUUUAUCAAUAUUUACCAAAUCAUAAUAAACACGAAUAGCAAUGCAGACAAGAGUUAUUUAGCUAAAAAAAAAAUUAAACUAUAUAGACAUUUUUGCAUAAAACAAUCAAAUUUUUGUACCAUUGACCAAUUUUUGAGACUCAUUUAUUUUUAUUAUAGUCAAAAAACAAAACAAAUUACAUAAAGUUUUUGUUCAAUGCAUGUGGCCAUUUGAAACAAAGAGUUAUAAUAAACAUUUUUUCUUUGAUUUUUGUAUGUUUUAUGUACUCGUAAUGUUUUAUCUUUUUACUUCAUAUAAGUAAUGUAUAACAGAUAUCCGUAAAAAAAAAAUAUCUUUAUCAGUUGACAAAAUAAUCUUCGCAUUUAUACCAGAUAUGAAUUAAUGUUGAUUUUCAGAACAUCUCAUAGAAGUGCAAAAACGAAAAUUUUUGAAAGUUCAAUAAAUUAAUGCAGAGUCCAAUUGAAAA